AGCCAUCACGCUUUUUCUCUUUCAACCACUACGCAGAUCGACGGAAUGAGAAUGCCGAUGGUGCUAGAAAGUCAAUUGACAAGGAAUGCGAUCGCGAUUGAAAUACACGACAGUUCCAGUAGUCCUUAAUUUUGGUACCACGACGCAACUAUUAAGCAUCUGUCCAGGAGGAGGUAGUCGUAGUUGUGCUAAAUAAUUUAGACGGCAAUAGCAACUUAGAAAUAACAAUAAAUCAACUUCAUUGACGACGCCGAUUAGGUUUUCUUUGUUCAUCAGGAGCAAUCGCAAACACGACCACUUGCAAAUCACAAGAACAUGGCGUCCGCAGCUUCAGCAUCUGCGGCCGACGCCCCACCUGUGGUGUCGCAGGAUGAGAUCACAACCGGGGAGAUGAAGCGAGAGAUGCCGACAGCGAAGUUCAUAGACAAUGUGGAACAAUUUGUCGGAGAGCGCGACGUGAAAGACUGUGUUGCUGCUCUACAGGACUUGCAUUCAAGGUACAAGUACCUCGAGUCUGGCCUCUUAUCCACGAAACAGAGUCUCAAGCAGAAGAUACCAGACAUCGAAUCUGCCUUAGAGAUGGUGCAGUACUUACAACAAAAGAAAAGGGAAGAAGCAGCGCCUCUGGAGGUCAAGUACAACUUGAGCGAAAACGUUUAUGUUAACGCCGACGUGCCAGUGGACACAGGAAAAAUACUGCUGUGGAUUGGUACCAUUGCCAGUUUUCUUGUAUGAUAGACAUAUUGGCGUUCCUCCAUUUCUUUUCGAUCUGAUGAAGUUUAGAUUUUAACUGCAAUUUCUCCAACUUACGCUGCUGCUCCACAUUCUAUAUCUUCUUACAACUUUUUUCAACAAAAUGAAAUUGAAAAUCUACAACUUUUUUCACCAAAUGAAAAUCAGGUGCCAUGUGCCUGUUAGAGUACACCUUCGACGAGGCAGAGGAGCUUCUUACGAAGAACUUGAAAAGCGCAAGAGAUCAAGAAGCUACAGUCAAGGAGGAUUCUUUGUUUAUUCGAGACCAAAUCGUCACUGCUGAAGUGAAUAUUGCUCGAUGCCACAACUACGGAGUGCUCAAGCGCCAACGGGAACGCGAGACCGAGAAAGAAAUCAAUGCUGGAGCGUAGAUGGUUGGAGUAAAACAUCAGGUCCAUUUUUUUGAUUAGAUCUAAAUGUCGAAGAAGGCGCCUGAAGACCGAAGAAGAGGUGGGUGCUCUAUGCCGUGGUCCAUUGUUGUUCUUGUCAUCGAAGCUAGAUAGCAUGCUGAAAGUACUGCCGGCUAAAGAGAUUCUUUCACGGAAUCUCGUUCAUUGAAAUUGAAAGGAGUAGGAGAAUUUAUUCAACGAUAAUUUUGUUCAUCCGAUUUUCUUGAUGAUCAAAGCACAAGCUUUGGGAGCACUAUACUCGAGUCUUGUGCAGAAUUUUCGAGAAUCUGAAUCCUACGCCCCGGUAGAAUGCUAGGCUACUCGCAAUUCCCUGACCCUGUAAACAAGGGAAGCCCCCAAACCUAUCUUCCUUAGAUGCGAUUCUACCUGUCUUUCGAGAACUCUCUACGUAUCAACACCAAACUAGCAUUGCCGAUGCGAUUGCGGGUGUAGCUAAAAGGAAAGCAUCAUCGACAUCAUUGAUUAUGGUUCUUGCAUCGAGG